GUGCAUUAGCUAUAGCUCGCUUUGCCCCUUUUCUGUAAAUUGCGAUUCUCUGUGUUCGGAGGCUGCACUCCUUCAAUGGCAGCAGCUUCAGCAGCAGGAGCGGUGGCCGGGAACGGCGUAAAGGUGGCGGGGACGGCCUCGCCGGCGUUCCUGGAGAGCAAUCCAGUUGCGGAAACCAAGGCCUUGAUAUCGGAGCUCUGCCGCCAGUUCUACAAUCUCGGUUGGGUCUCCGGAACUGGCGGUAGCAUCACCAUCAAGGUCCACGAUGACUCCAUCCCGAAGCCGGACCAGCUCAUCGUCAUGUCUCCUUCCGGAGUGCAGAAGGAGAGAAUGGUUCCAGAGGACAUGUAUGUGCUUUCUCCAAGUGGUUCUAUACUGUCCGCGCCCUUGCCGAAGCCAUGCCCUCAUAAGCCUCCUAAGUGUUCUGAUUGUGCUCCUUUGUUCUUGAAGGCGUAUCUGAUGCGAAAUGCUGGUGCUGUUAUCCACAGUCAUGGAAUGGAGUCCUGUCUUGUGACAAUGAUCAAUCCUUUGUUGAAGGAGUUUCGAAUCACUCAUAUGGAAAUGAUAAAAGGAAUUCAAGGGCAUGGUUACUAUGAUGAGCUUGUGGUCCCAAUAAUAGAGAAUACUGCCCAUGAGCGAGAACUGACUGAUUCUCUUGCUAAAGCUAUUGAAGCUUACCCAAAAACAACAGCUGUACUGGUUCGGAACCAUGGCAUAUAUGUGUGGGGUGAUUCUUGGAUCAGUGCUAAAACUCAGGCUGAGUGUUACCACUAUCUAUUUGAUGCUGCUAUUAAACUUUAUCAAAUGGGCCUCGACUGGUCUACCCCAAGCCAUGGUCCCAUCCCUAAUCCCCGAGGAGUUUCAGGCUUCUGUCAGAACAUAAACAAGUCUGUAAAGGCAGGUUCUCUUAUGUCAAAUCAUGAAAUUGAGCCAUCACGACGUUGCAUUGUGCUUGACAUUGAAGGGACCACAACUCCUAUAACAUUUGUUACCGAAGUUCUCUUUCCAUACGCUCGUGACAAUGUAGGGAGGCAUUUAGAUGCAACAUAUGACACUGCAGAGACUCAAGAUGACAUUAAGUUGUUGCGAUCUCAAGUACAGGAUGACUUGAAACAAGGAAUUGCUGGUUCUGUAGCAAUCCCCUCUGAUGAAGCAGGAAAAGAGGAGGUUAUUGUGGCUUUGGUGACUAAUGUGGCAUCAAUGAUAAAAGCUGACAGAAAGAUUACUGCCUUAAAACAAUUGCAGGGUCAUAUAUGGAGAACUGGGUUCCAGAAUCAUGAAAUAAAGGGUAUAGUUUUUGAUGAUGUACCUGAAGCUCUUGAGAAUUGGCAUGUUUCAGGCAUCAAGGUAUACAUAUAUUCCAGUGGUAGCAGAUUGGCACAAAGGCUCUUAUUUGGAAACACGAGUUAUGGGGACUUGAGAAAAUACUUGUGUGGAUUUUUUGAUACCACAGUGGGUGGCAAGAAGGAAACAAGCAGUUACACUCGCAUCAAAGAAUCACUUGGUGUAGAUAAUGCAUCAGAGAUCUUAUUCGUGACUGAUGUCUACGAGGAAGCUGUAGCUGCUAGGGCAGCAGGGUUGGAGGUUAUAAUUUCAGUGCGGCCAGGAAAUGGACCCCUACCCGAGAAUCACGGGUUCAAGACGAUCAAAUCUUUUUCAGAAAUCUGACACUGGAUUUCAUCCUUUCAGCACUGGAGUAACAUGCUAGCCUUGAAUGAAUAAGGGCUGACUUUCUGAAUUCAAAGUGCUGAAGGAACAAAGGUAUGUUAGUUCUCAAAAUAAUACUCCAUGGAAUCGUGAAAUUGGGAUAGAUUUAUCUAUUUAGAAGUAAUUUUCUGGCAAUAGGGCCACCCCACCCCACCCUAGGAUUUAAAUGAAUGCUCUCCACUAUGCUGCUACUAUAAAUGUACUAUGACUACUUUGAUUGUGGAACCCCCACUCGGAUGCCCAGCCAAGCUGAAGAACCCAAGCGAGAGCCCCAUGAGAGAUAAAGAAAAUAGAAUAAAAACCACCUUGUCUGAA